UUGCUCGUGGCAACUGGUUGCCGGAGCUGCCUAACGGAAUAUCAAAACUCAUUGAAACCGUCAGAAACUCAGAGAAGCGAAUCGAUGGAUUCUUCGGAGAAGAGGUGCCUGUAUGAAGUCCUUGGUGUCCACCGCGACUGUACCGCAGACGAGAUCCGAUCGGCUUACAGAAAGCUCGCCCUCCAGCGUCACCCGGACAAACUCGUCAAGUCCGGCGUCUCUGAAGCCGAAGCGACCGCCUCUUUUCAGGAGCUUGUCAACGCUUACGAAGUUCUCUCAGACGCGAAAGAACGUGCGUGGUACGAUUCUCACCGUUCUCAAAUCCUGUUCUCCAGUUCAAAUUCUAAUAAUUCAUCCCCCGCAAUCGUACCUGAUCUCUUCGGAUUCUUCUCAAAUUCUGUUUUCUCCGGCUAUUCUGAUAAAGGCACUGGGUUUUAUAAGGUUUAUAGCGAUGUGUUUGAUAAAAUCUAUCGAAAUGAAUUGAAUUUUGCGAAGAAGUUAGGGUUAGGAGAUGUGGUGAAAGAGGCGCCUUUGAUGGGCAAUUUGGAUAGUCCGUAUGCACAGGUGAAUGCGUUUUACGGAUAUUGGUUAGGCUUUGUAACGGUGAUGGAUUUUGUUUGGGCUGAUCAGUACGAUGCCAUGGCUGGACCGAAUAGGAAGUCCAGGAGGUUGAUGGAAGAGGAGAACAAGAAGACCAGGAAGAAGGCAAGGAGAGAGUUCAAUGACACAGUCAGAGGCUUAGCAGAGUUUGUGAAGAAGAGGGACAAGAGAGUGAUUGAUAUGCAGGUGAAGAGGAAUGAGGAGAUAGAGAGGAAGAAAGAGGAAGAGAGGUUGAAGAAGAAGGAGAUGGAGAGGGAAAAGGCUGAACGAGCAAGGGCCUAUGAGGAGCCUGAAUGGGCAAAGGUGGAGGAUGAUGAGAUCAGUGAGUAUGAGGAGGAAAUUGAGAAGAAGAAUGAGCUGUAUUGUGUGGCUUGUGGGAAGAAGUUUAAAAGUGAUAAACAAUGGAAGAAUCAUGAGAGAUCGAAGAAGCAUAAGGAAAAGAUUGCAGCUUUGAGGGAAGUAUUUGGAGAUGAAGAUAGAGAAAACAAGUAUACUGAGGAAGUCGCAAGUGAUAAAGAUGAGUUUGCAUCAGCUGAUGAGGUCCAUGAAGAGGUUGACAACCUCAAGAAUCCAUUUGCAGGUGGCUAUGAAAAUAAAGAUUACGAUCAAGAAAGUGAAUUGACUGAGGAUGAAGAAAAUGUUGAUGUUGAUAAUGGUGGAAAAGGAAGGAAGCCAGUGGCUCCUUUUAAGAAAGCUUAUAUUGAGGUUGAAGAUGAAGAGGUAGACUUGAUGGAGUAUAAUAAUAACAAGAAGAGUAGAAGAAAGAAGGGAAAUCAGAAAGAAAAAAAUAGAACAGCUGAAGAAGAAGAAGAAGAAAAGCACCAAAAUAAUGGUAAUGAUGAUCAUGAUCAGCCAUCAUCAUCAUCUCAGCUUCAUUCAGAAAAUGUGGACAAAGAUGAUAAAGGUGAUAAUGUCCCUUCUCAAAGUAUUAAUGUCUCAAAACAAGCUCCAACAAAAAAGGUUGCCAAUAAAAAGGAGACAGCUCCCAAAUCAAAAAAUGCAUCUAAAGGAAGAAAACAGAAGGUGGGAACAUCAAAAAGUUCUAGCCUUACAUGUGACACUUGUGGAGAAGAUUUUGAAUCAAGGAAUAAGUUGCACAAACAUUUGAGUGACUCGGGUCAUGCUACACUCAAAUCUCGAUGAGCUUUUUUGAUUCACUGGUAUCAAUUUUGUUUUCACAUUAGGCUUAUGUAAUCAGACACGUUAACAUACAUACAUUACACACAUGAAACUCAUAGGCAGAGAUCAAAAACUAGGUGAAGCAAUCACUGUCACUCCAUCAGCAACAUUUGUGGUACAAAUUAGAAACAAUAAAUUUAAAAACAAACUCUUAACUAUUAAUAAAAUACUAAACUACAUCUUA